UGAACAUUAUAGGUAAACAUAUAAAAGGACAUUCAUUUCUCCCAUUACUUCAUUCGCUACAACUCCUGGCAAAUUUAAUCAUCAAAAUGUUUAAGGCAACUAUCGCAGCCUGUGCCCUUCUGAUUGCCAUCGUCUCUGCGACUCCGUUUAGGGAUUGUGGAUCUACAUCAACUUUAACCGCUGUGCGUGUUCCUGGCUGCGAGGUACUACCAUGCAUCGUAUACCGUGGAACCAAUGUUUCUGUCGAAUAUGAUUUCGUCUCAGCGGUUUCUACUAACACAUUGACGACCGACGUGAAGGGCGUUAUUGGUGGCGUAACUCUUCCUUGGCCUGGUAGAUUUCCUCCUGCUUGCGAGGACGUAAAAGUUGGUGACUGCCCUGUGGCAGUGGCUGAGCCCAUUACUAUGUCAACCCUUCUAGUUCUAUCUUCUGCCUUCCCUUCGGUGAACGCCAAAGCCAUAUGGGAACUUCGCGACGAUAGUGAUAGCACUCUUGUUUGCUUCGAAGUAACGGUCAAACUUCUAUAAAUCAAGCGAUCCACGUCUUCUGCCAAAGGCAACUUCAUAGAGUGCUUUCUUACAUGCAUGUCGAGGUUUCUUUCAAAUCCAUGCGAUUUAAUAAAUUUCACGAAAUGAA